AUGGAACGCGCUACUGGCUCCGUGGCGAGGGCAGUCUCUAUUGCCGCGCCAAAAGGCGACCCAGGACAAACUGAGCGUGCUUCAGAACCUUUUGGGGAAGCUUCAUACAAAGAAAAGAAGGCGCACCUACUUCGUCGAAUUCAGGAGAUUGAAGAGGCGCUGCGUCAAACGGAGGAGAAGCUCAGAACUUGCCAGCAGCGUGCUGCAACAGCGCAGGAGUCGUCUGUAGCGACCGAGUCGUACGCUGAUGUUGGUGCUUCGAGAGGACCCAGUGCUCCCGUAGACUCAGUGCUUGAGUGUCGAGAGCUAGCUGAUAUUGUGGAACAAGUUCUGGGCGAUAGUCGGAAAGCCGUAGCGGCCGCGCACGAGCGGCUAGCACAGCACUUGCCGGGGACAGACCAGCUCGAUGCUUUGGAAUGGGAAACGGCACUUGUUGCUGGCUCUACAGCUGUUGCGGACUUGCUCGUCCACAAACAGGAACACGCCGCGGACCAUGCCCUACAGUACUGGAGCGAUACCAUGAGGAGCACAGUAAUCGUGCCGAGUGGCACGAUAGCGGCUUCAGGGGCAGCCGGCGUUAGCCCAAACGUAGGCGCUCGGGAGAGGCAUCCAAGCGAGAGCCUCACUUCGUAUCCAAAGGAUGCUUCGCUACUCACAGCGGAAAGAUCGGUGCUGAUGCAAGUAUUCCGCGACCUCUACCGAUGGCACCGAAAGUAUGCUCGAGCGUUGCGGCACCAGUAUGACGCGUUAACCGCGGCAUGGCGGCAACGCCUUCGACGUGCUGAGAGUCAACGGGAUGAGCGAGAGCGGGCUCGGACUCAGUACCGCGAUCGCUACCUCUUCCUCGCUGCUCGUUCUUUGGAUACCAGUGCGUUAUCCCAGCAGCGAACCACCGUGCUGGCCGACCUGGAUACCUACCUCUUCGAAAUCGAAAUGGAUGGUGGAACCGCAGGAGGUCGGUCUCGCUGGUCUCGUAACCUGGCACCCAUUCCUGACCAAGAGUGGCUGCCCUGCUCAACAGCUCGUUAUGACGGAGGCAGUGUGCUUGUGAAGGACGCAGUUGCGGCGUAUCAGGAGGCACAGCUGGUGAAUCCUUGGACAGCCUGGGAACAACGCAUCUUUAUUGAAAAGUUUCUAAUGUACUACAAGGAUUUUAGGACCAUUGCCUCAUUUUUGGACUUUAAGACGACAGCGGACUGCGUUCUUUUCUAUUUUCAGAACAAACUGCGCUUGGGACUACGGGGCGCGUUUCGCACGUAUCAACGCUUGCGGCGGGCCAAUGUUCCCGUGCAACUCUGCUUUGACGCUGACUCGGUGCCGUUUCUGGUGUACGCAAGUCAACCGAUUUCACUUUGGGUGCCUGCUUCUGAUACAAAAACUCCGGCGGUAGCAGCUUCUAGUGGGGUGGUGGGCGUGCUGUCAGCCUUUGAACGUCCAUGGACUGAGGAUGAACUGGGUCUGUUUUAUCAGGGUUUGUCCCAGUUUGGAACAAACUUUCGCGCCAUUGCCUCGUUUCUAGGUACACGCACUGCUCGCGAAUGUGCAGAGUUCUUUCGAAUGAAUCGAAGGCGACUGGGUCUCGACCGCUACUUACCACUGCAGGAGCGCGAGCCCGAAGUUUCCCAACGACCCGAGGGUGAAGCAGCGCCCACCAAAGGCGACGGAGAGCGCGACACCUCUGUUCACGGCAAGCAGGCAGAGCGGCGGGGUAACGUUGCUGCAUCCACAGCGCUGGAGUGGAGUGGCAGUCGAGGAACGGCUGUAGCUGGUUCUGGUCGUGGUAGCGCUUUUGCAAUCUGGACUCCAGAGGAGGAGAUACUUUUUGCAGAGGCUUUUUCGGAGCUCGGAGCGGACUGGCGACGUCUUGCGGAUCGCAUUCCCAGCAAGACGCCUGAACAAAUCUACACCUACUGGCAACAGCAAGCGCUGAGUGAAGCUCGCCAGUCGCGUCGAAGUCGGUCGGGAAUUUGA